GCGCCUGAGCGGAGCAGUCAGUGUGCGUCUGCUCCUUGUCGCCGUCACAAGCGUUUAUGUGUGAAAACUCGCCCUGAGCAGACCUGCACUAUGCCACGCUCAUUGUAUCGUUGACGAGUCUUUUGCGGGGGGGCUUUCCAAUGAAUAUUUUGCCAUGUCGCGUGUAAUUUGCGUCAAUCGUGGGUUCAGUUUUCCGGUGGUCUAAUCUUGGGUAGCAGCAAGGUUAAGCCCCAAGGAUCGCGUCGGCUGCUUCCGAAUGCUAACGCCAGUUAGCUCGCGAUUUCGCUAACCGUUCCAACUAAGUGUCGUGGCGCCGGCGUACUCUAGCUAAGGAAGCUAGCCGCAACUUCGCCGAGGAACCCAGAAGAUUGCUGGUUUUUGUGCUUGUUGUUAGCUAACGAAGCUAAUAAAAAGGAAUCUUGGGAUCGGCGGAGAAAGUCUGUUAAACUGGAGCUGACGGUGUCACAUUUCCUUCACUUAACACGCUGUUCGGCGUGACCGGCCGACAUGUCUGAAGGCUCCGAGAGCAAGCAGGCCCCGGACGCGGUCCAGGAAGCCAGCAAGCCCGAGCCGAUCGCCGCGGCCGCGGGUCAAGGCGUGCCGUCGGUGUCUCCCCCCGUGUCCGCGCUGAACCAGCCGCCCCCCGCCGCCACCGAGGACGAGGAGGAGGAAAGCGAGGACGAGUCCGAGAUCCUGGAGGAGAGUCCGUGUGGACGCUGGCAGAAGCGCAGAGAAGAGGUGAAUCAGCGAAAUGUACCGGGCAUCGAUAACGCCUACUUGGCCAUGGACACCGAGGAGGGAGUCGAGGUGGUGUGGAAUGAAGUCAUGUUCUCAGAAAGGAAAAACUUCAAGUUACAAGAGGAAAAGGUCAAGGCGGUGUUUGACAAUUUGAUCCAGCUGGAGCAUUUGAACAUCGUCAAGUUCCACAAGUACUGGGCCGACGUCAAAGAGAACAGAGCCCGGGUCAUUUUCAUCACCGAGUACAUGUCUUCGGGAAGUCUCAAACAGUUUCUGAAGAAGACUAAGAAGAACCACAAGACCAUGAAUGAAAAGGCUUGGAAGCGCUGGUGCACACAGAUUCUGUCUGCUCUCAGCUACUUGCACUCGUGUGAACCUCCCAUCAUUCACGGGAACCUGACCUGCGACACCAUCUUCAUCCAGCACAACGGCCUCAUCAAGAUCGGCUCCGUGGCUCCAGACACGAUUAAUAACCAUGUAAAAACAUGCCGGGAAGAGCAGAAGAGCCUUCAUUUCUUUGCUCCAGAAUAUGGAGCUGUUGCCAAUGUCACCACAGCGGUGGAUAUUUAUUCCUUUGGAAUGUGCGCCUUAGAGAUGGCGGUGUUGGAAAUCCAGAGUAACGGAGAUUCGUCGUAUGUUUCCCAAGAAGCCAUAAACAGUGCCAUUCAGUCCCUCGAGGACCCCUUGCAACGGGAAUUCAUCCAGAAGUGUCUGGAAGUGGACCCAGGCAAACGUCCCACAGCCAGGGAGCUCCUGUUUCACCAAGCCCUGUUCGAGGUUCCUCUGCUCAAGCUGCUGGCCGCACACUGCAUCGUUAGCCACCAGCAUAUGAUUCCAGAGAAUGCUUUAGAGGAGAUGACAAAGAACAUGGACCCCCACUUGGUGAUUGUGGAGGGGAAGGAGGGCGUUCAGAUGAAGCUAUCUCAGUUUCCUGCUCUUGAGCUGGACAAGUUCCUUGAGGACGUCAGGAAUGGGAUCUACCCUUUGACCGCGUUCGGGAUCCCGUGUCCACAGCAACCUCAGCAGGAGGCGGUGAAGUCGCCCAUCGUGCCGCCCUCUGUCAAGACGCCAACCCCAGAACCUGCAGAACUUGAGACCCGGAAGGUGCUUCAGAUGCACUGCAACAUUGAGCCCGUGGACGAAGGCGCCAAGCAUCAUCUGACUUUACUGCUCAAACUUGAGGACAAACUCAACCGACACUUGAGCUGCGAUCUGUUACCAAAUGAGAAUGUGCAAGAGUUGGCUGUGGAGCUCGUUCAGCUCGGCUUCAUCAGUGAGGGCGAUCAGCCUCGUCUCGCUUGCGUUCUUGAAGAGGCCUUCUCCAAGUUCUACAGCCGCAACGGUUCCCUCAACCCUGUGACGGUCUCCUCGUAGCCGAGGACCCCCAGCGGACCCCUCCGCCGCGUCCCGGGCCGCCCGCCCACCCGCCCGCCGUUUCCCUCCUCCAGGAGGAAGGCCUUGCUUUCGACUGCGGCCCAUCGUAGUCUUUGUAUGUUCUGGUGGGACAAAGCUGCCACUAAGUGGUUCUCUCUAGCUUUCUUUAUUUUUGUCAUUUUUUUAAAUGUAAUUGUUCUCUCCCAAGCAGUUCAGCCAUUAUGCCUCAUUGCAAAAAGAAGGAAAAAAAAAAAGUUUAACUUGGGUUUAUUUCUUUAGCUUAAAAUUCAUGGAAUGUUUAAGUCCGAAAAGCCCAGUAUUUUUCUUUGAGUCAGUAUUAAAACUGUAUUUUUACCAUUUUUACUGUUCAAUAGUUGUCUUCUCCCCUGCCAGAUUACUGAAGUCUUGUCAAGUUGGCUUGCCGGCUAUUUUUUAAACUCUGGAUGGCUCGCUUUGCUGUCAAGCUCGCUGUCAACUGCAGAAAGCGUGUAGUCAUGUAAGUCGAAAGUAUCCAAACUAUUUAUUUGUGUUUGGCUGUAAUUCACUUUCUGCACACCUGUUCCGGUCGCUUCCUUUGAACGGAAGCUUCAACUCCUUAUUUUUUUCAUGUAAUUCUCCAAAAAAAUCAAAAAUGUUAAGACCCACACAUGCUUGUGAUAUGUAAUGUUUUGGCUUUAUACUUUAUAUAUGUAGUUCGGCCCAUAUCGGGAAAAAAAGGUUCCUCACGCUGUUACAUUCUACACAAGCUCCGAACUCUUAAUCAUGUCUGUGAAGUUGGCAUUUUACACGAGAGGCUGCUUUCCAUCAAUGUGAACAUUAUUAUUCUUUUUUUUUUUUUUUUUUUUUUUACACUUGUCUACUCUGUACGUGCUUUGCUAGGCGACGAGAAUCAGCAAUGUGAGCGAGUCUGAAGUACAGUAUUUCAAAUGUCUGUGGCUGUGAAUAGUCGGCUUCUUCAAAAGCAGCACAGUUUGCACUUUUUUUUCUCCACUCGUUUUGUUACUUUGAAUGAAAAUGUCCCGCAGCCUCUGACAACAGAUCCAAAUUUAGCUAAAAGGCUAUCAUAAGGGGAAUAUUUGUGUUGCCUUUGGUGCAAAUGUCUCACAGGGUGUGAACACACUGGGAGGGGGCUCGACGCUCUCUGCUCCUUCUGCUAUCUGUUUGUUUACCUUUUUUUUUUUUUUUUUUUUUUCCACUCCCUGAAAAUAAAAAAAUCGUCACUAAUCAGCGCUCACUUGGAUGAAGUGUGCUUCUUUGAAAUCAUUAGUGGUAUUUGUUAAAGUUCAUGAUCCAUUUUACACCAUUAAAAUCUGUCAGAUUUUGCGGGGGUGGGGAAGUUGCUAUGACGGGGCCGAGUGAUGUGCUUCUGCACGAGUCGCCCCUCACCCGCAAUAUAAAAACUCGGGCAUCUAUAGAGCUCGUGCACCUACGUCACAGAAGUCACGUGACUGGCCAUAUUGCCGGUCAAACAAAGCAUUGUUCAACGCCAAGUCCGUUGAGACGAAAGGAAAAUGUCUUAUAGCACGACAUCCAGAGUUUUGUCCGAUACCAUUAAACAUUUAGAAGGUGAUAAUAAACAAAGGUACAUGAAAAAAUGGAAGACACUUGGCAUAGAGCAGUGAUUUCCAACCUUUAUAGAGCCAAGGCACAUAUUUUACAAUUGAAAAAAUCCCACGGCACACCAACAAAGGUAAAU